AUGACGGCCGCAGACAAUGAUCGAGUAUCGAUCUACCAGCCCGAACAGGACGGCCUGGCCUUUCCCCAGGUUCCGGUCUUCGAGGAUCCGGCCGCGGAGCGGCAACAUCGUAAAGAGCGACUGGUAGCCGCCUGUCGCGCCUUCGCACUGCAGAAUUUCGACUACGGCUUCGCCGGACACAUCUCCAUACGCGACCCGGAACACCCGCAUCUCUAUUGGACCAAUCCCAUGGCGGUGCACUUCAGGCAGGUCAAGGUUUCCAACCUUGUUCUGGCGGAUCACGAAGGGACCGUUGUGGAGGGCAGGCACGCACUCAACAGGGCCGGUUUCGUCUUGCAUGCCGCGAUCCACGAGGCACAGCCGGACAUCGUUGCCGUAUGCCAUGCCCACACGCUCUACGGCACCGCCUUCGCAUCACUCGGCAAACCUCUGGCACCGAUCAGUCAGGAUGCCUGUGCCUUCUUCGACGACCACAAGGUGGUGGCCGACGAGGCUGGCGCCGUGACGGUGAAGGACGGGUCCGGCAACGGUAUCGCAGAGGCCUUUUCGGAUGUGCGUGCCGUCAUCCAUCAAAACCAUGGCUUGCUCACGGCCAGCCGCCAUUCGGUCGACGACGCCGCCUUCUGGUUCAUUGCACUGGAGCGUUGCUGCCAGCAGCAGCUUGCCGUGGAGGCGACAGGCCAAACCGCGGAACUGGUCGCGCCGGAACGCGCGCGCCACAGCCGCGAACACGUGGGCAACGACUUCAUCGGAUGGCUGCAUUUUCAAACCAUCUGGUCCGACUUGAAGGUCAGCCAACCCGAUAUGUUCGACUGA